UCAGACAUUACUGGUGAUUGCAGAUGACAUCGAUGACAGCUGGGCCUUAGCACACGUUUCUUUCAUGCAGCCUCUAAUCUAUGGACAUUUGUGACAAAAAAUAUGACAGACUACGGCGAGGAGCAGAAGAAUGAACUAGAAGCAAUAGAGUCCAUUUACCCAGACUCAUUUACAGUGUUUUCCCAGAAGCCCACAUGCUUCACCAUCACAGUUACUUCUGACGCGGGAGAAAAUGAAGAGACGGCGGAGGUGACCCUAAAGUUUACAUAUGUGGAGAAAUACCCAGACGAGCCCCCUCUCUGGGAGAUCAUCUCACUGGAGAACCUGGAAGAUUCAUACACAGAAGACAUUCUAAUGCUUUUAAAGGAACAGGCUGAAGAAAACCUGGGAAUGGUUAUGAUAUUCACAUUGGUGACAGCUGUGCAGGAGAAACUUAACGAAAUAAUUGACCAGAUUAAGAGCAGAAGAGAUGAAGAGAAACAAAGAAAAGAAAGGGAGGCUGAAGAAGCUGAGAAGCGUGCAUUCCAAGGUACUGUGGUGACAAUUGAGAACUUCUUAUCAUGGAAAGCUAAAUUUGAACAAGAAAUGGCUGAACUGAAGAAAAAAGGGCAGAAAGAAGAGGAGCAGUCCGGAAAGGUAAAACUCACAGGAAAACAGCUGUUUGAGACCGACCACAAUCUUGACACAUCAGAUAUCCAGUUCUUGGAAGACAGUGGGAACAGUGUAGAAGUAGAUGAGUCACUGUUUCAAGACAUGGAUGAUUUGGAUUUGGAUGAGGAUGACCCUGAUUUCAACCCACUGGACUUAUGCAGUGAUGAGGACUGAAUUGUUAACUCUCAUAUAGAUGCCAACGUCCUCUGUAGCAGCCUCGUGGAGCAGGACUUUAGAUCACUCAUUCUAAA